UAGCAAACAGACUCCAAACCGCUGAGGAGAUCGCUGCAGAUCGUUUGACUGGAGCAGCUGCACCGACUGGAUCAGCACUUCUUCAUGUUUCCCCUCCAUGUCUGAUAAUAAAUCAGCUGAAUUGACAGAUGUGAGGCCACUGUAAACAAACAAAUGAGACUAAAAGGGACUGUAAAGCACUUCUUUACAGCACAGUAAAAUCAAAUGAGUGUUAGACUUUUAAUGACUAAUUUUGAUUGGUGUUGCUUGGUUGGUUCGUGUAUAAAUGAGGUUAUUGUUUAAAAAAAAAGGAUUCUGCUUCAUAGAAUUGAUUUAAAUUAAAUGUCAAAAGGUGAUGACUUCCAAUGAUGGUGGAUCAAAGUUUCUAGAAGUUUUCGAAUUAACCCCGUCUAGGUCAUCAUGUGUUUUGUUCCAGCAUGGCCUUUAUAUUUUUUAAACACUUUUCUCACUUAAAGCUAGAAACGAUUCGGUCCGAGAAUGUAUUUAUUUAUUUUUUUUCAUUUUGCGCUUGUGCUCAACUCUAAAGUUCACGAUUCUUUGGAAGCUAAGGAACAACUUGUUAUUGUCAGACUGAAUAAAAACUCAGGGUCUCCAGCAGAGACCAGUCAGCAAGUAAUAGUAGUGUGCAUAAUUGUAAAGUGGAAGGAAAGUUAUUUGCAGAUUAAAAUCAAAAAAGUAUGUUUUGCCUUGCAUUUUUUGAAUAGGGAGCCUCCACCCCUAUCUCAACACUUUUGCAAUUUCUAACAAGUUUCCCUCUAGGUGUGUGACCUUUAUUUAUCUCCAUUCGUUCCUCCUUCAUUGGCCCUGCUGAGAGAAGUGUUGCCUCAGCAUCUUCCUGUCACCGCCGUGUGUUUGAGUGUCUGCAGCACUUCCUGGGCCUCUUUGCUGCUGCUUUCAAACCUCCUUGAUUUGCCUUUUUAAAAACACAAUUUGCUUCCCUCACACUUUAAUUACACAUUAAACUAUGUGUGGGUCAUAAAAUUCCAAUAAAUCUCACUGAGUCUUUCUGUUUCACCGCAUUCCCUAGACUUUUUUUAAUGUUCUGCUGGCAGUACAGAACAUUCAGAGAACUUAAACACCUUCACUCCUCUGUGUUUUCAUAUUCAGUCUGUUCUGAUUAAUUGCAUAUCAAACCAAGUUGCUGUUUGAUUUGCUGUGAGGGACAGUAACAUUUACAUAAAACUGGUAAUGUAGCUUUUUCUUUGUUCUCUUUAGUGUCAGAGUCUCUCAAGUUUUGUCACAUUUGACUGCAGUGAUCCAGGUUGUGUCCAGUUUGCCAAAGCAGGAGUGGUACAACGCAGCGUUCAGUAUUUCUAUCUUGUCUCAUUGGCCUUUGCAGGGCUUUAAGACUGAAAUCCCUCUUUUCUGCUUCUUUAUACUUCAUUCCAUACAAAUGAGUUGUUGUCAAUUGAACCCAUGUGUUAAAAUUACUUUCAGCAGCAUCAACUUAGUCUCUUUAGGGCCAAUUUGACAAAGAUUUGUUUUCUUAAAUCUCAAAUACAUCAUUAAAGUUUACAACCUGACCAGGCUAAUACCUUCAAGAGAUGUGAAAUCACUUUGUUCAGCAUUUCAGAGCAUGUAAAAGCCAGAGCUUGAAGUGUAUUGUAAGCUUUGAGCCAGUAUAAAAAAGAGAAAUGUAGAGCACAGUUGUUCUUUUUUAAAAAAAAAACAACCAUGCUCAUUUUUUCUAGAUUUUUGAGAUGGUUGAGUUUUGUUUUCUUUAAAAAAAAAAAAACCCUCUGUUAUCUUGUUUCCCCGACAAACUGCAAACAGAUGUGACGACGCGCCUAAAGUCCAACCAGAGGCUCCCUGCUCAACAUUUUUGAUGAUCUGCACAACAUCACCUCAGGGAUUUGGCCUCUAAACAACACAAGCCAUGUACCAAGUGGUGCCCGGCGGUGCCGGGGGCACGAUUACAGAUGUUAUCCCCAAGCAGAAGCACACCAAGGAUUCUCGAUCUUUGGUUGGAGCCGGAGUCAUCGGCCUGUUUCUGGUCAUCGCAGCCGUGGCUGCCUGGUGUUACUACAUAGCCUCCCUGCGCAAAGCUGAGCUGCUGAAGACUCAGCUGCUGGAUCUCAAUAAGGACGGCUACAUUAUCCGCAACCAGGGGGGGUCCAUCGUCUUCAGAAUGGAUUUCAGAUCAGGGACCCUGGACUUGGACUCCUGCUCCAAAGAGGAGGAAAUUCUUCGUUGUGUUCGGACCACUGACAGGAAGCUCAAGUUUUUUAUAAAGACAGUGCGGCCCAAGGACACUGUGCAAUGCUAUCGUGUCCGCUGGGAAGAACUGGUCCCCAACAUUCCCGUUGAGCAUGCCAUGACUUACAAGUUUGCACACUGGUAUGGUGGAGCAGUGUCAGCAAUUCAGCACUGGCCUAUUUCUAUUUCAGGCCAACAGGCUCCCAAGCCCUUUGUCACGAGCGACAUUUACUCAAACCGGGAAGAAUUUGGAGGAAUUUUAGAAAGUUACUGGUUGUCAUCCAAUGCCACUGCCAUCAAGAUCAACAACUCUGUACCUUUUCACCUUGGCUGGAAUGACACAGAAAAAACCAUGUACUUCCAAGCAAGGUAUCAUGACACCCCUUUUAAGCCAAACCCGGGUGAGGCUCCUUGUGCUGAACUGAGCUACAGAGUCUGUGUAGGUUUGGAUGUGACAUCCAUACACAAGUACAUGGUUCGGAGAUACUUCAACAAACCAUACAAAGUACCUGCCAAAGUCAUGUUUGAACAUCCUAUUUGGUCGACUUGGGCUUUAUAUAAGCGUGACAUUAAUCAAGAAAAACUUUUGACGUACGCUGCCAACAUUCGCAAGUACAACUUUAACUGUAGUCAUCUAGAGCUCGACGACCGCUACACAAAACGUUAUGGAGAUUUCGAGUUUGACCCAGUCAAGUUCCCUAAUGCAUCUGAAAUGUUCCAAAAGUUAAAAUCGGAUGGAUUUCUGGUGUCUCUGUGGAUUCAUCCUUUCGUUAACUAUAACUCUGAAAACUUUCACCCUUUGGUAGAACGAGGGUUGUUUGUCCGAGAGCCAACAGGACGGCUGCCUGCAUUGGUUAACUGGUGGAAUGGCAUUGGCGGCAUCUUGGACUUCACCAACCCAGAGGCCCGGGAAUGGUUUGCCUCCCAGCUACGUUCACUGCGCUCAAAGUACGGGGUGUCCUCUUUUAAAUUUGAUGCAGGGGAGACAAACUACUUGCCUUGGAAAUUUAGUACAAAGAAUCACAUUCGCGACCCCAGUUUUUUCACAAGGCGCUACACAGAGAUGGCUAUUCACUACAAUGAUCGAGCUGAGCUGCGCAGUGGUUACCAGUCCCAGAACAUAUCCUGCUUCUUCAGACCGAUUGAUAGAGAUUCUGUCUGGGGUUAUGAGCUGGGCCUCAAAUCUCUCAUCCCCACAGUGCUCACCAUCAGCAUCCUUGGGUAUCAGUUCAUCCUGCCAGACAUGAUCGGGGGCAACGCUUACCUGAACCACACAAGCGGAGAUCGGGCAUUACCUGAUCGAGAACUGUACAUCCGCUGGCUGGAGCUGUCUGCCUUCUUGCCUUCGAUGCAGUUUUCUGUACCUCCAUGGGAAUAUGAUAAUGAGGUGGUGGAAAUUGCUCGGAAAUACACAGCCAUUCACGAAAGUAUUGUGGCACCGCGGGUCCUCGAGCUGGCAGGGGAGGUUUUGGACACCGGGGACCCAAUCAUACGGCCACUGUGGUGGAUUGCCACUGGGGAUGAGACAGCCUAUAAAAUUGAUUCCCAGUUCCUGAUUGGGGACGACUUAAUGGUAGCUCCAGUUCUAGAGCCUGGAAAGCAAGAACGAGACAUAUAUCUACCCGCUGGGCACUGGAGAAGCUACAAGGGGGAAAGAUUUGACAUCAAGGAGCCGCUGCAUCUCACAGAUUAUCCGGUAGACCUGGAUGAAAUUGCCUACUUUCUUUGGGUUUAGCAAGAAAGAAAAUGAAAGACUUGAUCAUCUCAAACACCUUUCAUAUUUUGUCACUCUACAAGCAUAAAAGUAAAUUUUUUUCAUGAAUUUUUAUGUGUUGAUUUCCCACAAAGUAUUACGUAAUCUAACCUGAAGUAAAAGGAUGCAUGGUUUUAAAAAAAUUCUGCGGCUAGGAGUGUAAUUAUCUUUUUUUUUUCUUGCUUUUCACAUCCAGAGACUGAAAUGUUUCUCCAAUGGUCUUUGCAAAGUAGCACAACUUAAUCGGAUCUGAAGUAGAGCACCCCGACACAGAUUCUCUAUUUAGGUCUGGAUUUUGGGUAAUUUUUAGACAUGCAUGUCUAAAGCAUUCCAAUGUAUCUGCAUGUUUUGGUUUAGGGUAUCCUAAUGACUUGUGAGAAAUUCCAAAAUUACAUCAUGUUUCUUUCCUUCAGCAAUAACUUUCAUGCUGAAAGUCCAGAUUAGUAGAGGGCAUAACAAUUUUUAAAAAAAUCUUCUACAAUUGAGUUUUUGAUCUGAUCAGCUCCUUCAUUUACCACAAACGUCAUGCCUACUUUUCAGGUUGAUCCUGACUUCAGGAUAGUCAUGUCUUGGCAGGUUUGCAGUGUUGUGACAUUUUCUAUUUUUAGAUCGCAGAUUGAACAGCUCUCUGUGAGAUCCUCACAGCGAUGGACGGUUUUGUAUCAGCAAGUUUAUUGAUAUGUUCUUUGGGCUUUAUAUUGCUGUUUGUUCCCUUAUGUUCUUUAACAAAUUGCCUUCAAAAAAACACCUCGAUUUAUUCAUACAAAUUGACAGUGGUUUCAAUUGGUUGCCCUGGAUUUUCUUAAGGAACAUCAGAGUAAAGGAUCUGCAAGAAAAACAUUUCAGAAUUGUAAAAUAUCUUGAAAGCCGUGCAUCUCUCGUCAACCUUUUCACAAUUACUUUGUGUUAUGCCACAAAGAUCCCAAUAAAUCUAUUGUGGUUUGUGACAAAAUGUGAAAAAGUAUAAGGAUUUUGGAUAGUUUGCCACUGUGUAAGUUUAGCAGGCGACAUGAUGUGAAAUGUAAGAAAGUUCACCUUCCCUAAAAUAGCUGUGAACAGGAAUUUAACUUGUGAAAUUGCUGCAGAUAUGAAAAGCUUGGUCUUUAUUUGAAUUUAGUAUUUUUUUAUUGCUUGUUGUUUCCAUAUUCUUUAGCAUUUGCCACUUUUUAAAAACAAAAAUCUGUCAUCUUUAGCCAGCACUGGCCACUUUAUGCCAUUCUGUCUUACCAAGAGCAGCAAAAGAACUAAGAACACAUUUAAAUCGCUGCGUAAUCUCAAGCUUCUUGAAUGAGCAGGCAGAAUCCAGAGACAAGUCUUAUGUUAAACAUAUGGUACAAGGGCAUAUAUAAGCCAAUAAUUGUUUGCCAUGAAGCUGUUUUAUCAGUACCAUUAGGCAGUACGCUACAUGAUGAUAUCCUGUUCUCCUGUGACUCUGACUGCUCUUCUCGUCGUUUGUCGAUUCUUAUCAGGAAGCCGGGUUUAACGCUUCAUUUAUCAGGACAGGAAGCUGCAGGUUUAAUCAUUACAUUGCUCUCACUGUGUAACAUGGUGCCUUGUAACACGUCUUAGACAAGUAGGAGAUGUUUUAAAUAUUUAACGCUUUUCCUCAGGUAACGGCUUUCUCAGGCUCUGUUGUGUUUAAGGUGUGUAACCCUUAUUAAUGCUUUCAAACAGCAAGAAACAUUAUAAUGUAAUGUAUAUGUGGACGGCUGUAACUGAAAUCCUAAGUGUUCAUAUAGCUUUUAAUCAAUUAAAUGAUAAAUAAUUCUGAUUUUGUAAGUCAGUAACUUAGCUGACCUGGAUUCCCAGCCUAAAUGGUAAAAUAUUUUCUUGUCAUAUUUCUCUGAUGUCAUGUUUAUGUAUGUUUUUCACUAUGUUGCUACAAGCUGCUCAUUUGUCCCGUUCCUGUGUAGAUCGUGGAACAUCAGUUGUUGCAAUAUAAGCUUUUUUAAUAUGUUUUUUUUUGGGAACUAAAGAUGAAACAGAUAUUAGUCAUCUGAUUCUGGAUCGGAGCUUCAGACGAAUGCGUUCGUCUGACAUCUCCAAUAGAUACCCAAGAAUACCUCCUCUGUUUCCCCCACCCCAAAAUAAAAUAAGACAAAUACUGUGAACAAGUGCCAACUUCAUUUGUGCUUCACAUAUUCAGGCAUUUAAAAAUUGACAUAAUUUAAGGACUCCUUAAUAACAGGAUUUUUAGUAUACUUUAUUUGUGUUAGUCUUUUAAAAAAUGUUAGUGAAUACUUGUUCCUUUUUGAAGCUGAAAUAAAAUAUGACAUUGAAAUUUAAGACCAAGACGUGACCCACUCCUCUCUCUAUCAAUGUGUGAAUUGACCUUUUUUGAAAUGUUGUAUAUUAAUGCUUUGUGCCUUUGACCCGUAAAGUGGUGCUAACCUGACUUGAGCCUUCAGCUUGCAGCUUCGGCACUGACCUUGAUGUGUUUUGUUUUGUCCUUUGACAUCUUGUCAAGAAAACAUGGCCACAUAUUUAUAGCAGCUCUCACUUAGCAUCUGUGCCAGGCUCAUCUUUGGCACCGUUUCUGUCUUAUGAUUAGACUGACUGCUCUGGCUAUUUUUGCUUUUGAUUCUUUGAGCUCAGUGUGUGCCUGUGCUGUUUAAUGUUUAUAUAUAUAUGUGUUGGGAUGUGACUAAAAGGCUGCAUUCAUUCUAAUGUAAUUUUGUAUUAAUGUAUUAAAAGAAUUAUGAGACCAUC